AUGUGGAGGCGCACCUAUCUCCUCCUCGUCGCCAUCCGACUGUGGUUCGCCCUCUCGCCGAGCUACCUCCAUCCGGACGAGAACUUCCAAGGGCCAGAAGUGAUUGCAGGUGAAAUCUUCAGCUACCCCGUGCGACGAACCUGGGAAUUCACAAACGACAACCCGAUCCGAAGCGUAUUCCCAUUAUGGCCCGUCUACGGCCUGCCGAUGCUCCUCCUGCGCUGGCUAUGGAUUGGUAAUGGCAACGAUGGCGAGAUUCGGCCCAUUGUCGUCUUUUGGACGCUCAGAGUCCUCAUGUUCCUCAUCAGCUUCGUUCUUGAGGACUGGGCGCUGCACGAGCUGAUACCUUCGCCGCGCCACCGCCGCGUGGCAGUUUUGCUCGUCGCAUCGUCCUAUGUGACCUGGACCUACCAGACACACACUUUUUCCAACUCCAUAGAGACGCUAGUGGUUGCAUGGAGCUUGGUGCUGAUACAGCGCAUUGUUGACGCAAAGCAACAAUCUACCCUUCUGUCCUCUUUCGGUCUUGGAAUUGUCGCCGUCUUUGGCAUUUUCAAUCGCAUUACCUUUCCAGCGUUUCUCUUAAUUCCUGGCCUUCGUUUGAUACCCCAUUUCCUGAAAAGGCCUCUUUCUCUCGCAGUCCUGGUCUCGGCUGCUCUUGUUACCUCCCUUGUUGCGAUUGCGCUGGAUACCGCAUUCUACAGCUCUGGCCCUGUUACGUGGGCCGACCUAAUUUCUAGACCACAUGGCCUUCACCCAUGGUAUCAGCACUCGCUAGCGAACCUCCCGCUGCUGCUUGGACCUGCCGCGGUAUUGUUCGCGACGAAACCCCACCUCUCCAUCCGACUUUACUCCGCCAUUUCAGGGUUGGCGGUCCUAUCGAUAUUCCAGCACCAGGAGGCGCGAUUCCUUCUGCCGACAGUUCCCCUGAUCUUGUCGUCAGUGCAACUUCCCACGAACAAAGCCUUGCUUCGCGUAUGGGCAGGCGCUUGGAUCAUCUUCAACCUUUUCCUCGGCGUGCUCAUGGGUAUAUACCACCAAGGUGGCAUCAUUCCAGGCCAAGUCUUCCUGGCCAGCCAGCCCGACGCCACAACUGCCAUCUGGUGGAAAACAUACUCGCCACCGAUCUGGCUGCUCAAUGGCAAAAACGAAGUUUUGCAGACCAAAGACGUCAUGGGCAUCAAAGGCGACGACCUGCUCAUACAGCUGACCUCGCUCGCCACAUGUGACACGCCCGCCGAUCGUCGCAACCAAGAGUACCUAAAGGAAAAGAAUGGUACCUACCUGAUGGCGCCCGCCUCUGCCACAUGGCUAGACCCUUACCUGUCAAAUAAAGGCUUGCAGGGACUACGCUUCCGCGAGGUCUGGCGCUACCGCCAACACCUAAACCUCGAUGACUUGGAUAUUGGCGACGACGGCCUCUGGAACACACUGACGAGAGUCGUCGGCCGCAGAGGUCUGGUUGCGUGGCGCGUCACGAAAAGCUGCUAG